AUGUUUCACCAGAUCUUCAUACGUAAGGCAGAUCGCCACUCGCAGCGGUUCCUUUUCCGGGAGAAUCCGAGAGAUGCCCCGGAUAUUUAUCUAAUGAACGUUGCGAUAUUCGGCUCAACUUGCUCUCCAGCAUCGGCUCAAUAUGUCAAAAACAAGAACGCUAACGAAUUUAAGGAGCUGUACCCUCGAGCAGUGAACGGAAUAGUUCAGAAUCAUUACGUAGAUGAUUCUAUAGAGAGUUACGAAAGUGUAGAAGAGGCGAUAAAGGUGUCCGCUGAAAUGCGUUCAAUUCAUAAGCAUGGUGGAUUUGAGUUACGGAAUUGGCUGUCGAAUAGUAACCAAGUCUUGAUCGGUUUGGGAGAACCAUUGCCUCAACGUAAUAAGAAAUUUACACCAGAUAAGACGAGUGACUAUGAUCGUGUCCUUGGAAUGCUGUGGUCAACUCAUGAGGACGUCUUCAGUUUUUCAAUUGAGAUGAAGCAAGAAAUUGAAGCGCUGAUCCGUAGCAAUGAGCGACCCACGAAAAGACAGAUGUUAAGGUGUUUGAUGUCUCUUUUCGAUCCGUUAGGUCUAUUAGGCCUUUUCUUAGUACAUGGCAAGAUCCUAUUGCAAGAAGUGUGGAGAGCAGGAAUUCAAUGGGAUGAAAAAGUGAACGACGAUCUACAUAGAAGAUGGAUAAAUUGGACGAAUCUGUUCGAAGACGUUCGCAAUCUUAAAAUCCCUCGCUGUUAUUUCCCAAACGCAAGCAGUAUACGUUAUAAGGAUCUUCAACUCCAUAUUUUCGUCGACGCAAGCGAGUCUGCGUAUUGUGCCACGGCAUACUUUCGUACACUGAACUCUGCAGGUAUGCCUGAAAUUGUGUUGGUCGCGGCGAAGACUAAGGUAGCCCCCCUGAAGACGCAGUCUAUCCCACGCUUAGAGUUACAGGCCGCAGUUCUUGGGGCACGGCUGAAGCAGUUUGUCGAAGAAAACCACACUGUGCCUAUCACGAAAAGGGUUCUGUGGACUGAUUCGGCUACUGUGCUUUCCUGGCUCCGAGCCGACCAUCGUAGAUAUAAACAGUUCGUUGCUUGCAGAAUAGGAGAAUUGCUGACAUUAACGGAUGUGGAAAACUGGCGUUGGGUUCCCUCAAAGCAGAAUCCGGCUGAUAUUGCGACCAAGUGGGGAAAAGGUCCCAACGUGGUUACAAAUAGCGUUUGGUUCACGGGUCCUGUAUUUCUACUGCUUACGGAAACUGAAUGGCCGAAGCAAGUGACUCGCUCGUCACCGACAGAAGAAGAGCUCCGUCCUUGCUAUUCUCACAAGUCAGUAAAAUUUCCAACACGAAUCGUGGAGCUCGAACGCUUUUCGCAAUUAAAUAGAGCUAUUCGAGCCGUCGCUAACGUUUAUCGUUUCGUCGAAAUCCUGAAGCAGCGUACCAGCGGUCAGAAACCAUCGGCAGGCCCGCUGACGUCUGAGGAACUACAGAAGGCUGAGCGCCACCUUAUUCGAGAAUCACAGUGGCAAAGCUUUCCGGACGAGAUGGUGGUGUUGUCCCGCUACAAGCUAAAGCCGGUGGAUGAGCAGAUUUCUAUUGGGAAAAGCAGCAAUAUUUAUCAGUUAUGUCCAACCUUGGACGAAAACGGCAUUCUUCGCGUUGAUGGUAGGAUCGGAGAAGCUCCAAACUUGAAGAAUGAGGUGAAGUUCCCAGUCAUCCUCCCGAACAAGCAUCCGUUUACUGUUCUGUUAGUUGAUAGCUACCACCGAAGGUACAGACACUGUAAUCCGGAGACCAUCGUGAACGAGAUACGCCAACGGUAUUACAUUCCGAAACUUAGGAUAGCGGUGAGAAGAGCAGCCAAAGCUUGUCAAUGGUGUCGAAUCUACAAGGUUUCGCCAAAGGUUCCCCGAAUGGCGCCGCUACCACUUGCUAGGAUGGCGUCGUUCGUGCGACCGUUCACAUACGUCGGAAUAGAUUUCUUUGGGCCGUUGGCUGUGAAAGUGGGAAGAAGUAAUGCAAAACGAUGGGUAGCCGUGUUUACGUGCCUGACAGUGCGCGCAGUUCACGUUGAAGUUGCUCACAACCUUACUACGGAAUCCUGCAUCAAAUGUAUUCGCCGGUUCAUCUGUCGUCGCGGUUCUCCGGCCGAAAUAUAUUCCGACAACGGAACAAACUUCCAAGGGGCCGCAAGACUGCUGAAAGAACAGAUCGAUCUGCUAGCUGUUACGUUCACUGGUAUCGAUACGAAAUGGAUAUUCAACCCACCGGGAACUCCCCAUAUGGGCGGCGCAUGGGAACGAAUGGUACGCUCCAUCAAAACGGCUGUGGAGCUGGCAUACAAUAAUAACCGUAGACUGGAUGACGAAGCGCUCGAAACAUUCAUGGUGGAGGCUGAAGCAAUCGUGAAUAGUCGUUCACUAACGUAUCUACCGCUUGCAUCUGAAGAACACGAAGCUCUCACACCAAACCAUUUCCUUUUGGGCAGUUCAAGUGGCGUUCGCCAGCCGGCGAUGGAGACUACCGGUUCUUCGAAGGCUUUACGAUCUUCUUGGGAUGAAAUACAGCAUCAACUCGACGUAUUCUGGAGAAGGUGGACAAGGGAGUAUCUCCCUACGCUGACCAAACGGCCGAAAUGGUGCGGCGAAGCAAAACCAGUAACAGAAGGGGAGCUGGUGUUGGUAGUUGGCGACGGCAGAAGAAAUGAGUGGACGAGGGGUCGUAUAGCUCAAGUGAUCAAAGGGGUGGACGGAAGAAUACGGCAAGCUAUAGUACAAACUGCGAGGGGGCUGGUGCGUAGGCCUGUGGCUAGAUUGGUGGUAUUAGAGGUUGAUGAUGGUGGUAAAACUGGACCUGGUGGCCAGUGUUACGGGGGAGAGAAUGUUGAUACUGGCAACACGUCUCAUUGA